AUGAUCAGCAGCAAUUCCCAGAAAACAUGCGGGAACACCCAGUGCCGCGGCGCAUGCCCGGUCCGAACCAAGUUCCCCCCAACUAUCGCCCGCACCGAGGUCAUCCAAUGCCUAGGAGGGCGGCACAACCAGAUGGUCGUCAGGGUUUGGAAGUUGAUAUGCGCAGACCUGAUAGGCGCGGACCCGAUAGGCGUGUACAUGACAUGCGUGGACCCGAUAUGCUUGGACCUGAUAUGCGUGGACCUGAUAUGCGUGGACCCGAUAUGCGUAGACCGGAUAUGCGCGGCCCUCAUAUUCGCAGACCCGACAUGCUUGGACCUAGUGUUCAACGAGAUUCCUUUUCCGAUCGUAUCAAUUCUCGUUCUGGAUCAGUGACACCCUUGCCUGUUGCAUCUGGUUCUAUUCCUCGAUCCAACAUCACCAUGGGCCAGAAUCCAGGUAGAAUGAUCGACUUGGCCAGGGGUGCCAACCAGCAAGCAUCCAGGCAGUGGUCAGUACCUCCUGAUGGCAAUCUUCGCCGUCCACAUCUGCCUGGCGCUGUUAGAAAUGCACCAACUGGACUUUCAGGUAAUGCUCUUGAGGGAAGACCCUCCGGUGACAGUUCGAGGUCCAUGGAUGGUACCAUCCACCGCGGCCCUAAUCAUUUCCAAAGCACGGCGCUGCAUGGCAUUCCAGAGCUCGCAACACCUUCUGCUUCACGUGGCCAGGGCAUGCUCCAUCCAGCUCAAGCUAUUGUGGCAGCCCGUAGAACUUCAUUGGCGAUCGAGUCAAGGGAUAUGCUGUCUUCUCCCGUUCAAGGUGGGGUUGUACCCGGAGCUCGCCCUUCGGACCAGGACGUCCAGCAACGCAUUAAUACAACAGAAGCCGUCAAUCCUGCAGGAAAUUCUCUUCUGAUGCCACCAGCCACACGUAACGGUGGGGCCCAGGAUGCUUUGCGUUUGGAGCAGUCUCAGGAUACCGCGAGGGUCGAGCAAUCUUCGCCACUCAACGAAGAUACCGUUACGCCUGAUCGUGCUGGUUCCGUUCCCUCGACGACCACUGGAGACACACCCCAUACGCACUCGGAUGGUGCCUCUCGUGUUCCUGUCCCGGAAACACCCCUUACAUCUCCUACUUCUGUGGAUGAUGUGCAUCAUCUUAUCUCGGAACAGACCAACUCAUCUCCGGGCGUCCAGAUCUCCCAGCAGCAUUCGGAGCCCCAAUCAUCAAUUUCGAAUAACCCUGCUGGCCCUCGGAAGGAAAAUUCUAUCAAGAGAUCCAUUCGCCGCUUUACUAAGAUUUUGACUCGACCAGGCUCUAAGAAAUCAUCAGCGAGGCAAGAGCAGCAGGAUGCAUCUCAGACUACUCAGACGGCCUCGCCUCCACAAGCUUCGUCUACCUCUGAUCGUGUCGUGCAGCCACGCGAUGCAAGUGGUACACAGGGCUUGUCGCCAUAGAAUGGUAGGGGGGGUGACACGAUUCAGGCAAUUGCCGCUCCUGAUAUCGAUACGGACCCCCCAAUUCAAAAAGGCGGCACUGUUGAAGCUACAGAAUCGGAAGCCCCAGCGCACAGUAAGGCUGAUGACGUAAAUGCAGCCACACGAGGCUCUUCAACUGAUAUCCACGUUUCCCGCGUUAUGUUACCCGAAUUUUCACAACCCGACUGUUCCAUUAUAGAUACGAUGAGUCGUUGCUUGUCAUGUACAGAUACUCAGAAAACAUUCGAAUCCGUGGCAGAUGAGGAAUGUCAAGUCGAUAGGUCCUUUGGACCAACUACCUCG